GGCAAUUUGGAAACAAGACUAAAGAAAACGCUUUAAACAUAUCAAAUGGCAAACACCACCAAUAAUCGUGAAAAUAAUUCAGAUCUCAGUGCUCAACUCGAGAAAAUGUUUGCUCAAGAACUUUUGGAACGAGGAAUGGCAGAAGUUAUCCUAGAGGCAGGAGCGUUGAUAGCCAUUGGGCUUACAGCUUUCUUCGGCAACUCCCUUAUUUGCUUAGCCAUGUACAGAAAUAAAGCUCUCCGACGACGGGUAACAAAUGUUUUUAUUCUGAGCCUAGCAAUUUCAGAUAUUCUGAUGGCCUGUUUAUGUAUACCUAUUGCUGCUGGAGUUCUAAUUGAAGGUCGUUGGAUUUACUCGAGUUUUGGGUGCCAGUUUCAGGCGUACUGGAUCUACGUCCUGGCGGGAAUUUCUCUAUACACUAUGGCAGUUACCGCGGUUAAUCGAUUCUACCGCGUUGUAAAACCUAGGGUUUACAAUCGAUAUUUCUCAAUGAGGUCCACAUUGGUGAUGAUCCUUUUUGUGUGGUUGUCGAUUGGGAUAACCAUUGCAUUUCUCAUCAAGAUUAAUUGGCUGCGUGUGAAGUUUCAAUCAGCUAAAGCUUCGUGCGUGAUGUACGCUUGGCUUGGUACCAAAAGCCUUACCUUCAUCUACCAAAUCGUAGCAUUUCUAGUCUUCUUCAUAAUACCCACAGUUCUGAUAACACGAUGCUAUAAAAAAGUAUUUCGUAAAGUUCGCGAACAUCAAAGAAAUGUUACGAAAUCGUUACUAGGCGCAAGACACGCAGCGAGAAAGCAAAACGAAACGUCUACAACACCUUUCACGAGAACGAAUAUCGAAGAGAUUGACAUAACUAGAACGCUUUUUCGAGUGGUCCUUGCGUUUGCAGUUUGCUGGACGCCAGUAAUUGUCUAUGAAGUCAUUGUUAUUACGAGCAAUAUUUUUCAUUUUUAUGAAUAUCUCCCAAGGCAAGUUCAUCUUAUAUGGUUGUACUUUGGGACUAUUGGUAGCGCUGUCAACGCAUUUAUCUAUGGAGGUAUGAACCGAUCUUUUAGGAAUGAGUUCCUCAAGAUUUUCAAUUUUAAAAAUAAUACAAGAGUUGGUGUUUAUGGCACUGAAAUGUCAGUAUUAACCGCUACUAAUGCGGCAUAUAAGCCAACGACUCAAAAGCGAUGGUCCGCAGCCAUCCAAACAGUCCCUAAAAGUCCCCAAAAUUAG